UUUCCCAAUUUAGUACGCGUGCGAAUUCAAACCAGAUCAGUUCGGAAAAUCUAUCCGUUGCAAAUUUGAUGUUGAUGGUGGUUCGCAAUUUUCCACCAAACAGUCUUCAUCCGCAAGGUUAAGAGGUCCUUAGGAGGUGGUAUCUGGCUCGUGCGAUUGCUAGGCCUUGUCCAGGACCUUUCCGUGAAGUGGGCUGGCAUGAACUAGAAAAGGAACCUAUUAGUCGUGGGUUGGAGUCAUUUAGUAGUGAAGUUCCCCGUUGAAAGGAUUUCAAUUUUUGAACCAUGGCUCGAUCAAAGGAUCGAGUGGCGAGUUCGGUGCUUAUAUUAGUUUCCCUAUUUAGUGUAACAAAUUGUGAUAGUAAAGUGUCAUUGGCCAACGUAAUCGGAAGAGUGUCAAAUAGGCAGAGCGAUGUGAGGACCAAUCUGCGAUCUAUCCGCCAGCUUGCCAUCCAAAGUGGAAUAAUCGUUCCCAGAAAUGAAAGUUCCAGCACGAUAACAUUAGCGCAGGAUCAAGCAAAUGAAGAUACCUGGAGCAACCCCAAUGUGAACGAGGCGGUACACAGUCAAGAAGACCGCAAAAAGGGUGAAUCCAGCAAUAGCAUAAUCGCCAGCGGUGAAAUUUCCCGCGGAUUGGACAAACAGGCUGAUGAAGAUUACUCUUCCAUCGAAGAACAAACAGAAGAAGAACAGGAAGCAGUUAAGGAAGGUUACGGUGGUUACAAUAAGAAAAAGAAGAAGAAGCGUUUGGGGUGGAAAAAACAUGCUAAGAAGCUCAUUCCUAUAGGUUUGGGUAUAAUGUUUAUGAAGAUGCUAGCGUUACACUUUAUUCUGAAACAACUGGCUCUGGGAACAGCUCUUUCGCUGUUUUUGAGUAAAAAAUCUCUGAUCCUUUCGGCGUUGAUCGCUAUGCGACUUCUGUUUUCUCAACAACAUGCCGGUGAAAAAAGUAGCGAAGGGAACAAACUUGAAGUAGUUCAUAUCCCCAUUCGCAAAGGUUCCGGAUUCCAUAAGAAGUUCCAGCUUCAGCAGCUUAAAGCCAAGGGAAAGUAUCCCAUAAAGCCAACAGCUGCAUCCAAACCUUCAACGACAACUAAAAAACCACACGUCUUCUCGCAUUACUCGAACGAAAUCAAACAUCCACAUCAGCAAAUGGAGGACUUCGGUGGAAAAUAUGUCCCACUUAGCUAUGCGCCACAACAGCAGAGCUUCUUCUCAUCUUCCUUCGAUACUUCGACUCCUUCGUCUUAUUUCUCAGCGUUCGAUGCUUCAACGUCGUCGUCAUACUUCUCUUCAUUCGACUCUUCGACGCCUUCAUCCUACCUCGAUGGUAUCGAAAAUAACGUUGAAGGAGCCAAUUCCUACUACAACUACAAUAGCCACGACGAUCAACAGCAAUUCUUCCGCCGGGAUGGAUACGACGAUGGUUGGUCCGGAUGGAAUCCAGGCGCGGACAAGGAACCUUUCAAUGGAAUCUACGGGGGUGAAGCCAUGAACCAAAAUCUAUCCAGCUACGAUAUGGGAAUGAAUGGACCCUCCGGCAGCGGCAGCGUGAAUGGAUCAAUGGGGCCGGUUUACAACAGGGGUGGAUACGAUCCAUUCCAAGGUGGCCGAAGUUUCAGCGCAGGAAGCGGAGUGCUUAACUUAAACCGAAUUAUGAGCUUGCAUCAGCUAAGGCAACGAAGGAAGAAAUAGAUCUCUAUCGGAUUAAGUUCUUAGACUCUUCCAAACGAUACAAAAUUCUCUAUUCUUAUACUUGAAAGAACAGUAAGAAGAUAUUUAUUGAAUUAUUUAUUUAAUUUAUUAAGAUUAUAUUUCUAAGAUAAUUGAGACGGAAAAUGAAAAAAGUAGAUGAAAAUUCUUCAGUGGUAAAAAUAUAAUUGUUAGACCAAACGAGUAAAUUAACUAAGCUAAGGGAAGAACGAACAUAUUGAAAUAAACAAUUUUGUGACGAUGUUAAUUUAAGGUGAACUGCUGUACAUCUAAUUUCGGGAAAAGCUGAUCUAGUUCAACGAUAGCAUAAUAAAUCCUUCGACUACAUAAACCAACUA